UCUCAAUAUUGAAUAUUUCUCUCUAAAUGACUUUAAUUAUAAUUGUUUUAAUGAUAAGUACGCUUUUGUGAUGUUUUAGUUACACAAUGUACACCACUAAACAAUGGAGUUUUCACGUACUUUUAUUUCGAUAUUGGAGACCUCUCUGCUUUGGAUUUUUAUGUGUAUUGUUAUCCAUUUCAGCUAAUUCAGUUUCAUCCUUACCACAAGGUCUCAUCUCCUAUGAUGCUCUACAAGGCAAGGCAGCAGAGAUUCCAUGUAACUUCACGAUGUUUUCUGAAGAUGGGAUAGCAUUGAUUUUAUGGUACAGAGGUAAUACAUCAACCCCAAUUUAUAUCCUUGAUGCCAGAAACGGCCUUACCAACCAGCCAAAGCAUUUCCCUAGCGAUAUACUUGGUGAUAGGGCCUUCUUUGACGUUGAUGUCAUUCCUUCCGUCCUACGAAUUCAAGACGUUACCGAGGAAGAUGGUGGAAGGUAUAGGUGUCGGGUCGAUUAUAAGCACAAUCCGACAGAGAAUAUCUGCCUUUGGUUAGAUAUUAUCAUUCCACCUCGAGAAACAAUAAUAAUGGAUAAGUUUGGUCAACAUUUACGCGGCCUGAUAGGUCCUUAUAACGAAGGGUCUUCGUUGUUACUUAUAUGUGAGGCAGACGGUGGAAGGCCGCCUCCGGCGUUGACAUGGAAGAAAGAAGGAAAAGUUCUGAAGGAAAACUUUACUCUCACGCCUCAAGGUUUCUCCAGAAAUGAAAUAUUGCUUCCCGAUCUUCGUCGUCAUGAUCUGUUUGCUUCUCUUACCUGCGAAGCUUCAAACAGCGAAAUUGGAGAUCCUUCAUUUAGCUCAAUUACUCUAGACUUAAACUUGAAGCCUUUAGAUGCCAAAAUCAUCACACCCAGUAGACCCGUUUCUGCCGGCCGUGUGGUGGAGCUUGUGUGCGAAACAUGGGGUGCCAGGCCUCCCGCUGAAAUCACCUGGUGGAAAGGGGUGGAUCGACUAACGUCGGUAACAGAUAUUUUGUCCCCAGAUAAUAACCUGACUGUCAGCACUGUCACAUUUAUCCCUGAAGCUAAAGAUAAUGCGAAAAAUAUAUCAUGUCGAGCAGAUAAUUCACUUCUAAAGGACAGUGUUGUAUCUGACGUCCGCACUUUGGAAGUUUACUACAUUCCUCAAGUAAAAAUUAUUCCACAAAAUCUAACGGACCUCCACGAUGUAACAGAGGGCAGUGAAAUUUCACUAAAUUGUAAAGUUGACGCUAACCCGCCAAAACUUGAUGUCUGGUGGCUUUUUAAUGGUUCAACAAUACAUUCCGAUGGAAGGUUAGGGGUUAUUGUCACAAAGCAAUCAUUGACUAUUAAAAGUGUACAGAUAAGUCACAGAGGGAAAUUUCAGUGUGUUGCUGCAAAUAAGGAGGGACAAGGUUGGAGCGAAGAAAUAUCUUUGGGAGUGAACUAUCACCCAGUGUGUAAGGAAGUAAAUUCUCGGGAGUAUGCGGUUCUCAUUGGAUCUAGUAUUAGGGUAACAUGUGAAGUUACUGCACAACCCUCUGAAGUUCAAUUUCGUUGGUCGCUGAAUAAUAGUUUUGGCGUUCUAUCUUUAAAUACGUUUUCUCAAAACCAAACAUCUAGUAUGGCCCUAUUUUCACCACAGUCUGAAAUGGAUUAUGGAACACUACUGUGUUGGGCGAAGAACAGAAUUGGAGAACAAAAUAACCCUUGUCAGUUCGUAGUCACUCCAGGAGCUCCUCCCGAGGCGCCAAAAAACUGCCAGCUCAUAAACCAAACGAGAGAAACAUUCAUUGUUCGAUGCUCUCCUGGCAAAGACGGGGGAUUAUCGCAACAUUUUCAGGUUGAAGUAUAUAACAAAAGAAACAAAGAACUGCAAAAGAAUAUUUCUGCAUCAGAUGCACCUUUCUUUAUAGUCCAUUCUCUUCCUUCUGGUACAUCAUUUAUACUUUUUAUUUAUUCUGUCAAUGUGAGAGGGAGAAGUCCACCGAAGGUUCUUCAGGCGAGAACUCUGGACGCCCCCUCCGUAUCUAACAAACAAGGUGAUUAUACCGAAGGUUUUAGAUUUGUUAAUAUUCUGGGAAUUAUACUUGGAAUCCUUCUUGUUGUGAUUGUAUUGUUACUGCUGAUUCUCGUUUUGAGAAAACUACGUUCUAGACGACAUUCAUGUCGAGAUCAAGUUAUACAAAAUGGCCGAGACGAAAAGGACCAAGUUAGUUCUUUUACUGAUGAAGAAUCACCGAAGCACGACGUGCAGCUUCUUGAUCUUAUUUCCACUAAGAGAGAUUUUUCUGGUCCACCAGACGUUACUCAUACAACUGCCAAAUGGAUCCAUACGACUUCGGAAGAUUUUCACGUAGAUCUCAAAAAAGGUCAGGAGUCUCCUAUAACACCAGCAGAGACAGUUCGGUGGAGAGACCAGGUCAUUGAAGAGAGUAAUAGGUCAAAAACUGACGGAGAAUCCUCACUCUGCAUUGUUUCUGAAAGUGGUAACUCUCUUUACGACACAGAAGAGUGGAGAUCAAAAUCGUUUGGGUCUCAGUCACUAGUAAAAGUUGACGAUGAAGACACAUGCAUAACUUCGGAGACACCCCUGAUGAAUUCCCUUGCUGGAGGAGAGGGUUCUCUACAGUCUUUUCGGCUUGGACACAUAAUUUCUACGGACGUGUGAAUAUUUUAUUUCACUUCUCCUCGAUUGUUUUGCCAUAAGCUGUCAGACUGUGCCUUUUCUACGUAGCAAGUGUUUUGUGUCGGCUGCAAAUUGCAUAACGCUCUCCGACACCUUCAACUACUGAUUGGUAGAUCCUUGGCGGUAAAAGUGACCCAAGCUCGAAAUGACUUAUUUAAGCUCCAUCUCUGUUUUCUACCUCUUUAGUAACACUGUGGGCCUCCAUAUGUAUGCUUUGAAUUUUAUCAUUCAUA